AAAUGUCUCCUCAUUUCCAGCCUGAACCUCCCCUGGCGCAACUUGAGGCCAUUCCUUCUAGUCCUGUCGCUAGUUAUAUGCGAAAAGAGGCCGACCCCCAGCUCCCCACACCUUCCUUUCUUAUUGCAGAGCGCAACAAGGUCUCUCCUGAGCCUCCUCUUCUCCAGACUAAACAACCCCAGUUCCCUCAGCCGCUCCUCACAGGACCUGUGCUCCAGGCCCUUCACCAGCUUCGUAGCCCUGCUCUGGGCACGCUCCAGGGCCUCCAUGUCCCAUCACACCCCUAAACCAUCACACGGGGGGGGGGGCACCCCCUAAACCAUCACACCGGGGGGUUACGGGGGGACCGUUCUUCUCAGAAACACAGGGGGAUGGAAGGAAGGGAAGGGAGCAGCCCGACUGAGGGACAGGAGGAGGAGGAAGAGGAGGAGGAGGCAGCAGCAGAGCCCCGGAAGCGUUACACAGCAGCGCCGGGCCUUCCGCAGGGUGAAAGGAGGAAGGGAAGCGAGGAAAUUCGCGAUGCCGGACUACCUGGGCGCCGACCAGCGGAAAACGAAGGAGGAGGAGAAGGAGGAGAAGCCCAUCCGCGCACUGGAUGAAGGAGAUAUUGCCUUGCUGAAAACCUAUGGCCAGAGCACGUACUCAAGGCAGAUCAAGCAAGUAGAAGAUGAUAUCCAACAACUACUUAAGAAAAUCAAUGAGCUCACAGGAAUUAAGGAAUCUGACACCGGCCUGGCUCCUCCUGCCCUUUGGGAUCUGGCUGCAGAUAAGCAAACUCUCCAAAGUGAGCAACCAUUACAGGUUGCCAGGUGUACAAAGAUCAUCAAUGCAGACUCCGAGGAUCCCAAGUACAUUAUCAAUGUCAAGCAGUUUGCCAAAUUUGUGGUGGAUCUCAGUGACCAGGUGGCACCUACUGACAUAGAAGAAGGCAUGAGAGUUGGGGUGGACAGAAACAAGUAUCAAAUCCACAUCCCUUUGCCUCCAAAGAUUGAUCCCACAGUCACCAUGAUGCAAGUGGAAGAAAAACCAGAUGUCACUUACAGUGAUGUUGGUGGUUGUAAAGAGCAGAUUGAAAAGCUCAGAGAGGUGGUUGAAACCCCUCUGCUUCAUCCUGAAAGAUUUGUGAACCUUGGAAUUGAGCCUCCCAAAGGAGUGCUUUUGUUUGGGCCACCUGGUACAGGCAAAACGCUUUGUGCUCGUGCUGUUGCUAACAGGACUGAUGCCUGCUUCAUCAGAGUAAUUGGAUCUGAGUUGGUGCAGAAGUAUGUGGGAGAGGGAGCUCGAAUGGUUCGUGAACUCUUUGAAAUGGCCAGAACUAAAAAGGCUUGUCUCAUAUUCUUUGAUGAAAUUGAUGCCAUUGGAGGUGCUCGUUUCGAUGAUGGGGCUGGGGGUGACAACGAAGUGCAGCGCACCAUGCUGGAGCUGAUCAACCAGUUGGAUGGUUUUGACCCACGAGGCAACAUCAAAGUGCUGAUGGCUACAAACAGACCAGAUACUCUGGAUCCAGCACUGAUGAGGCCUGGGAGGUUGGAUAGGAAGAUAGAGUUCAGCUUGCCUGAUCUUGAGGGGCGAACUCACAUAUUCAAGAUACAUGCUCGUUCAAUGAGUGUUGAAAGGGACAUAAGAUUUGAGCUGUUGGCUCGACUGUGUCCUAAUAGCACAGGAGCUGAGAUUCGCAGCGUCUGCACAGAGGCAGGCAUGUUUGCGAUCAGAGCACGUCGAAAAAUUGCAACUGAGAAAGACUUCUUAGAAGCAGUGAACAAAGUCAUUAAAUCCUACGCGAAGUUCAGUGCUACUCCCCGCUACAUGACCUAUAACUAAUACCUUGGAAAGAUUUUCAUCUUUCUGUAGUUUAACUUUCUGUAAAACCAAAAUCCACAUGUAGUCAUUCGUAUCUUGUUCUUGGAAGCAAGAAAUAAAUGAAAUAUUCCAAACAA